AUGUUCAACUUCACGCCUUUGUUAGGAGCGCUGACGUCUUCUCCCGCGUCGCAAUCACUGCUGGAGUUCGACGGGGGCAUUCAAAUCCUCGUAGAUAUCGGCUGGGAUGAGAGUUUCGAUGUUGAGAAGCUGAAGGAAAUAGAGAAACAUGUUCCCACUAUAUCACUCAUCCUGCUCACCCACGCGACGACAGCGCAUCUCGGAGCAUAUGUCCACUGCUGCAAGAACUUUCCUCUGUUCACGCGAAUACCAGUUUACGCUACCAAACCAGUCAUCUCGCUCGGUCGCACCCUAUUACAAGACCUCUAUGCAUCUUCACCGCUAGCGUCUUCGAUUAUACCCAACCAAACUCUCAAUGAAUCCGCCUACACCUUUUCGACAGGCCUCAUAGCUGGCCAUGAUCCCAAUAUCCUUUUACAGGCGCCCACACCAGAAGAGAUUGGUGAAUACUUUGCGCGUAUAAAUCCUUUGCGAUAUUCGCAACCACACGAGCCUCUCCUAGCGCCACAUUCGCCCCCGCCGAACGGGCUCACGAUCACCGCAUACAGCGCAGGACACACACUUGGAGGUUCGAUAUGGCAUAUCCAACAUGGUAUGGAGUCGGUAGUCUAUGCUGUCGACUGGAACCAAGCAACAGAACAUGUGCUUUCGGGAGCCGCAUGGCUCGGAGGCCCCGGUGCAGGUGGAUCUGAGGUUCUGAAGCAGUUGCGCCGUCCUACUGCACUAAUCUGCAGCAGUAAAGGCACCGAGCUGGUCAAGGUUGCCAGACCACCAAGUAAGCGAGAUGAAGCCUUGCUUGCUCUAGUCCGCGAAACUGUUGCAAAUGGUGGUUCAGUGCUGAUACCAUCUGACUCCAGUGCUCGUAUACUUGAGCUGGCGUACUUGCUUGAGGAGACGUGGCAGCGAGACUCCAUCAACUCGGAUGGCGAUAGCCCACUCAAGAGCGCAAAAGUCUAUCUUGCCAGCCGAACGGGCGGUGCGACGAUGCGGUACGCGCGAAGUAUGCUGGAGUGGAUGGAAGAAGGCAUUGUGAAGGAAUUCGAAGUCGCAAGCGGCGCUAAUAAUGGAAAAGACGAUAGUAAGGCUGCUCGAGUUCCCUUCGAUUUCAAGCACAUCACAUUGCUGGAACGCAAGACACGUGUAGCUCGCAUGCUAGCUACCAGCGGUCCCCGAGUCAUCUUGGCCAGCGACACAACAUUAGAAUGGGGGUUUUCAAAAGAUGCCAUCAAGUCACUGGCAUCAGAUGAAAAGAACCUUAUCCUCCUGACAGAGAGAGCUGGUGAGCCAAGCAGUCAAAAGAAAAGUCUUGGGCGAUACCUUUGGGACCUAUGGCAUGAGAGAAGUGCAGCGUCAAGCCAUGAGGCACCUUCAGCUACCGUAGUGGACGCUUCUGGUGAUAAUGCACCCGUGUGCAACAUUCGAGCAGUGUCACUCGAAGGCAAUGAGCUUUCACUCUACCAGCAAUACCUCGCUAGCCAGCGACAACGACAAAAUACCAUGGGAGGCGAGUCUGCAGUCAUGCUCGAAAUGCCUACAGACGUAGUCGACGACCGCUCUUCGACCGAAUCUGAAAGCUCAGAUGGUUCCGGUGACGGCUACCGUGGGAAAGCUCUCAACGCCACUGUUGCUCUGCAACACGCUCGGAACAAGCUGGGUCUCACGGAUGCAGAAUUGGGCGUAAAGGUUCUCGUCCAGCGCAAGAACAUCUACGACUUUGAAGUCCAAGGGAAGAAGGGCAAAGACAAAGUAUUUCCCUUUCAACGAAAAAAAAAACGAGCAGACGACUUUGGCGAACUUAUACGUGCAGAAGAUUUUGCGCGUGUGGAAGAGGAGGAUAAUGUCGCGGGCGAAGCACUUCGCGGCGAAGGCACUAAAAAGGAGAAUACGGUUGGCCAAAAGCGCAGAUGGGAUGAUCUCGUCAAUGUAGUCGAUGGCUCCAAGCCCAGCGGUGCUUUGAAGCGUCGAAAAGACGGAGAAGAACGAGGUGAUGGCGAUGACGCUGAAUCAGAGAGUGAACCAGAAGAGGACCCAGACAAAGUCACUGGCCCAUCAAAAGUCAUCAUCGAGUCUCAAAAUAUAGAGCUGCGAUGUCGGAUUGCCUUUGUCGACUUCUCCGGCCUACACGACCGACGAACUAUCCAGCAACUACUCCCCCUCAUCCGCCCCCGAAAACUCAUCUUUGUAGGAGGCGAGGAAGAGGAGACAAAGGAACUCGCUCAACUCAUCCGCGAAUCCCUCAACGCAAGCGGCGAGGCCGGAACCGCCAUUGACGUCUUCACCCCCUCAAUAGGCCUCACCAUCAACGCCAGCGUCGACACAAAUGCCUGGACCGUCAAAUUGAGCCGCAACAUGGUGCGCAACCUCCGCUGGCAAAACAUCCGCGGCGUCGACGUCGUCGCCAUCACCGGCCGCCUCGCCGCCGCCAACCUCGACACCAACCCUACCACCACUGACGGCGACGACGACGAAGGCGAGGACACGCCCGCCAAGAAAAAAGCCCGUCUCGAUGCCCCGGCCAUCCCCGUCUCCUCGCAAAUCGACAACGACACCACACCCAUCCUCGACGUUGUUCCCGCCAACAUGGCCACCGCCGUGCGCUCCGUCGCCCAGCCCUUUCACGUCGGCGACCUGCGCCUGGCCGAUCUGCGCAAGCUGAUGAAUGCAGCAGACAUGCACGCCGAGUUUCGGGGCGAGGGUGUGUUGGUGGUGAAUGGGACGGUGGCGGUGCGCAAGACGGCGACCGGCCAGAUUGAGGUGGAUGGCGGCGCGUAUGGUAAUGUGGAUGCGAGAAAUAGUGACGUUGCUACUUUUUGGAGGGUCAAGAGGCAGAUUUAUGAGGGCUUGGCUGUUGUGGCGGGCGGGUGA